AUGGAUGCAUUCAAAAAGAAACUGUCAUCAACAGCCGGUUCUGAUGUGUUGCUAAACGUCAUCCCAGCUACCGAGAAAGAUGGCCCGCCAUCGAAACGAGUAAAGAUGGAUGAAACCGCCAGUUUGGUGUCCGAGGAAUCCGAAAAGUCUGUCAUUGACGAGUACGACGAGCAGUUCUAUGCCGAUAAUGACUGUGGGGAUACUGCUGCCCGAGAUCAAGCUCGAAGAGCUACAGAUGUUGAAAAUGCGCUGCCUCCGGCGCAGUCAGAUGAAGCUGCCUUUGAUGCAUACGAAGAAUACAAAUCAUCUCAGAUCAGCGCGAAAAAAGAGACUUCAGAAAAGGCGAAGCCUCUAUGGAUGAAGGGCAGGAGUUCUAUUUACGUGGACGCCUUCAACCUAGCCUUGGACACCGUCCUCGAGGAAGAAGCAAAGCUUUUUGACGAGCGAGAACUCAGCGUCUUUGAUCAAUGGAAAGCGCUAGACUAUGAAGCGCAAUAUUUGUAUGUCAUGUAUAAGCUGGCUGCCGAAAAUGUGCUGACCAAGACAGCCGCUUGGCACAGAUCGUCCCGCCUCGGCUAUUACAAUGACAUCGCAAACCUUGAAAAAUCAAUUGCUACGUUGCAGCAGACUAGAUCUCUUCCUAGCAGCGCAUCUUUACAUGCAUCUACCAGCGAGGUAGAUGGAAUCGAGGUCGAGGAUGAGAGGCUCGGGUCUGCGUUUACUUUUGCUGACUCUUCCGAAAUGUUGCUCACUGACAUGGAAGAGGCGGCAUCACUACUCUUAUUGGAGGAACUGAAAACACUCUCAAAGGAGACCAAAACACAAGGACGAACAAAACCCGAGUUGAUCCGGAGCCUAUCCCAAGUGAGCCGCAAGCAGACUGGCCUCAUGGAUAUGGGUCUCAGCAGACAAAACAGCCGUGACUCAACAGAAUCUGAUGGCUCCUCGAUUGCGAAACCCGAGAGGGAAGACUCUAAACAGAAAAACAUGUUUCUCUCCAAAGUUACAGAUAUCCUCGGACCGUGUAUUCGACUGUCCUCUGUUGUGUUCAAGCUGUUUCAACGAGUGCAUCUUGUUUUCUACCGAUCGACAGAAUGGACCGAGAAAUCUUUGACGACUAUUAUCCUUGCCAAAAUUGCUCGCAGAAACUUUCCAGAGUAUAUCGUCUGCCGUACCAGCACCAUAUUCGCAUCUCGAGAGCACCUAUUGGAAUUUGAAGCCGCCAUCCGGCUAGAAGCAGAGAUUGAUCUGUGCCUGGAAGGCAGUGGAGCGGUGCUGGACAAGGGCUGCCAACGAAUUCUCGAAAUUUACGACCUUGUAUAUCCUCGUUGGAAGAAGUUGUUGAAAGAAGAAAAGCGCAAGGAGCAAUGCGUUUACGAGUUUGGGGAAGGGGCAUACCUGCGACGGCUUAAUCCGGGCCAUUCAUAUACGCGGAUUCUUGCCAAGGCAGGCUAUGCAAUGGGAAAAUUUAAGGAAUAUGGACGAGAACACGAUUUGCUCCAAGAGCUUCUCGACCAGAAAAUGUUUCAUCUUGCACGCCGAGGGGAUUGGUAUCAGCGGAAAGCCCUGCUGGAGGAGAAUUACAUGGCGAAACUGGGCGAGCCAUGUGCUCCUGCAGAGUUGGAGCGACGGAAAAGGGAAUGGAAUAAAACGGCCGCUGCCACUUGCGAAACUGCACUUCAGGAUCCUGAUUGUCAUUUGACGUUUCACUUUGGCUUGCAGAAGAGACUCUUGAAGUUGGAGAAGAAGUUGCGGAUACCAAAGCGACUGCAACAUGAUUUUGGCCACGUCAAGUUAGCCAAACCUCUCGAAAUUACGGUACAGGGGAUCCAGCUCAAGCGAGAGACGACAACUAAACCGGGUAACACUGGUGUUCCCACCAAGACUAUCUGGCUUGACGAACUAGAUUCGGGGGCCGAGUGCAGCGUCGAGGAUAUGUGUUUGAGCCACUUCCGUGCAGAGGGAUGGAAAGGUUACCACUCCGAGGGUCGCAUCGUCAGAACACUCUUUGCCUAUCUCUUCUACGACAUCCUUUUUCUCUACAUACCGAAUGUCUUUCAGACGGCUUUUCAGACAUGCCCUCUUGACUUACACACGGAUGUCUUUUUUCCUACAAGAGCCUCCGAAAUCAAUCACAGGCUAGUGGAGAUUGAAAAUGGCCGCGCCGAGGACUUGGUCCGAUCUGUGUGGCAGCGAGAACACGAGCGACGGACAGCAGUCGUGGGACUCAACUGGGACUAUGAAGUCGAUGACCUGACGGAGCUUGUGCGAUGCUUUGACGGAGGCGCUCUGGCGGCGAUUUGCAAGGUCAUGGCACAGGAGUACAGACAGAGGGGGGGUGGUAUUCCAGACCUGAUUUUAUGGCGUACCAAUGAGUCUUCUGAUGGCACCUCGGGGGGGCGGAAGGGAGAUGUGAUGUUUGUGGAGGUGAAGAGCGAGAAUGACCGUCUGAGUGAGACGCAACGAGUAUGGAUCCAUGUGCUAACAGCAGCCGGGGUCAAGGUGGCUCUCUGCAACGCGGUCGCCCAAGAAGUGCGCGAAGUGGGCUGA